AUGCCUCACGCUGAAUCCACCAUGACUGAACCCAUCGUCAAUGGCGAGAAAGUCCACUCCCAGUUCCUCAAUGUAUGUACCACCUCUUCCAUACUCGAAUCAGCCCACCCUAACAUGACACAGCACUUGACCUCCUACCCAGUGGUCUCUGAGUCCAUCGCUGUCUUCAAGGAAAACCCAUACGGAGCAAAGUCCAUCGAUCUCGCCGAUCAGGGCUUCGCUCGCUUCGCAAAGCCUGUGCUCCCAUACUUCUCCACCCCCUACAGCUACAUCGCCCCGUAUGUCUCUCGUGCCGAUGUUCUUGGCGAUCAGGGCCUGAGCAAGAUCGACUCUCGCUUCCCCAUCAUCCGAGAAGAUACCGAGAAGAUCCGUGGUACUAUCUACAACAACGCUGUAUACCCAGUUCGUGUCGCUGGUGACGUCAAGCAUCAUGUCAUCGACACCUUUGGUACUGAGUACAAGAAGUGUGGUGGUGAUGGAUUCGUUGCUUCGGGUAAGGCUGUCAUUACUACCAGUCUUGUUCUGUCGUCUGAAUCGUUGGCUUGGGCUACUACUUUCUUUCAGAAUGCUAAGGAGGAGGUGAAGGAGGUUGUUAACGAGAAGAUCAAUCACUAG